CUGGACGGAGCGGGCGGAACUAGGGACCCAGGCGUCCGGGAGGCUGAGAGCCAGAGGAAGUGGGGAGCUGAACCAGGUGCAGCCAGAAGACACCAGGACGAUGCAGGACAAAGAAUAUGUGGGCUUUGCAGCCCUGCCCAGUCAGCUGCACAGAAAGUCGGUGAAGAAAGGAUUUGAUUUCACCCUCAUGGUGGCAGGGGAGUCAGGCCUGGGGAAGUCAACACUUAUCAACAGCCUCUUUCUCACCGAAGUCUACAAGGACCGACUGAUACCUGAUGCCAGUGCUCGCCUGAGCCAGACCCUGACCAUUGAACGCAGGGGUGUGGAGAUCGAAGAGGAAGGAAUCAAAGUGAAACUCACCUUGGUGGACACCCCAGGUUUUGGUGAUGCAGUGGACAAUGGAGACUGCUGGAUGCCCGUGGUGCGAUUCAUCGAGGAGCAAUUCGAACAGUAUCUGAGAGAUGAGAGUGGACUUAACAGGAAGAAUAUACAGGAUUCCAGAGUCCAUUGCUGUCUCUACUUCAUUUCUCCCUUUGGUCGAGGGCUCCGUCCCUUAGAUAUAGCAUUCCUCCGGGCUGUGCAUGAGAAGGUCAACAUCGUGCCCGUCAUUGGGAAAGCUGAUGCCCUGACUCCUAAGGAAACCCAGAUCCUCAAGCAGAAGAUCCGGGAGCAGCUGGAGGAACAGGAGAUCAACAUCUACCAAUUUCCAGACUGUGAUUCAGAUGAGGACGAAGACUUCAAGAAACAGGAUGCUGAGAUGAAGGACAGCAUCCCCUUCGCUGUGAUUGGUUCCACUACUGUGGUGAGGGAUGGUGCCCGGCCGGUGAGGGGCCGACUCUAUCCCUGGGGUACAGCAGAAGUGGAAAAUCCUCAUCACUGUGACUUUGUCAACCUGCGACGGAUGCUGGUACAGACCCAUUUACAGGACCUGAAGGAGGUGACCCAUGACCUGCUCUAUGAGGGCUACCGUGCCCGUUGCCUUCAGAGCCUGGCUCGUCCUGGGGCCCGGGAACGGGCCAGUCGAAGCAAGUUGUCCCGACAGAGUGCCACUGAAAUCCCUCUCCCUAUGCUGCCCCUGGCAGAGACUGAGAAACUUAUCAGAGAAAAGGAUGAGGAGCUGCGCCGGAUGCAGGAGAUGCUGCAGAAGAUGCAGGCCCAGAUGCAGCAGAGCCAGGGAGAGCAGUCUGAUGUCCUGUGAAACUACUGUCUUCCUCUUACUCACUGCUUUUUUACACCCUGGGGACCUGCCUCCAGUCCUGCCCCUUGUCCCCUGCUCCUUCAGCCCCCAGGCAAAUCACUCUGCCCUCUUCUCCUUGGCUCCCUCUGGAACAUAGCUGGCUGAACUCUUAACUCCUAGCUUCUCCCAUCCCAUUGAGACUCCUCUCCUUCUCCAUGGAUAUUUGGGAAUCCUACGGACCUCCUUGUAACCCCUCAUCCCCCAUCUCUCAUUCCCAGACGUCUUUCAUUCCAUCUGAUCUUGUGCAACAGGAACACCCUUCUCCAUUUGCUUCCCUGCUCCCUGUUGAGUCAGCUGUCUAAUUGUCAAGGCUACUCCAAGAUGGAGUUGAUCUUGUUCUUCAUAACAAACAUUUAUUUAGCACUUACUAUGUACCCCAAUUCCUUGAAAUAAAAUUUAUUUCCCUCAG